GGGGGCGGUGUUGGGUGUCAUAACUCGCACAACCACAGAAGAAGUGCAGAAGUGUCAGUGACUUUCUUCAACACAGGACCAACAACCGAGGAUCUUAUUUAUAUGAUAAGAUGGACACUGAGAAUAAGGUGAUCAGGUGUAAAGCAGCUGUGGCGUGGGAACCUGGGAAGCCUCUCUCUGUAGAAGAAGUGGAAGUUGCUCCACCUAAAGAUCAUGAAGUCAGAGUGAAGAUAGCGGCGAGCGGUGUGUGUCACACAGACUGGACGUAUCUGUAUGAUUGUGAGAAAGGAGUGAAGACUCUGCCGUUUCCCCUCAUUCUGGGUCAUGAGGCUGCUGGUGUGGUGGAGAGCAUCGGCCCGGGGGUGACCAGUGUCCAGCCUGGUGAUAAGGUGAUUCCUCUCUUCCUGCCUCAGUGUGGUGAGUGUGAGUUCUGUCUCAGCCCCAAAACAAACCUCUGCUUCAAGAACUGGCAGAAGACUCAGCAGGGUGUGUUAUCUGACGGUACGAGUCGUAUCACCUGUAGGGGGCAGCAGGUGUAUCAGUUUCUGGGUGUGAGCACUUUCUGUGAGUACACGGUGGUUCCUGAGUUCAACGUGGCGAAGAUUCACCGAGACGCACCGCUGGAUAAAGUCUGUCUGCUCGGCUGUGGAGUGGCUACGGGAUACGGAGCAGCACUGAACAUAGCCAAAGUGGACCGUGGUUCCGUCUGUGCCGUGUUCGGGUUAGGCACGGUCGGUCUCGCUACUGUGAUGGGCUGUAAAGCUGCAGGAGCCUCCAGGAUCAUCGGUGUGGACAUCAACCCACAGAAACAUGAAAUCUCCAAGAAGUUUGGUGUCUCUGAGUUUGUGAACCCUGACGAUCACAGCAAACCCAUUCAGGAGGUUCUGAAGGAGAUGACUGGUGGAGGAGUGGACUACAGCUUCGAGUGUGUGGGGAACGUCACACUUAUGAGGGCGGUGUUUGAGAGCUGCAGAGUCGGCUGGGGAACCUGUGUGAUCGUGGGAUGGAAUGAAACAGGAACUCUCUCUCUAUCUCCGAUCGACAUCCUGAUGGGACGAACGCUGAAAGGAACCUACUUUGGUGGAUGGAAGAGUGUGUGUAGUUUACCCAAUCUGGUGGAGGACUACAUGAGCGGUCGGAUCUUGCUGGAUGAGUUUGUGACACACACACUCCCACUGGAGGAGAUUAAUUAUGCCUUUGAACUUAUGACCAAUGGGAAAAGCAUCCGUUCCGUGAUGAAGAUGUGAGUCUCCAGCAUUGAAUCUCAGUUCUUUAACCAUGACGACAUCAUCAGUCACCAUGACAACCGCAUCAAUCUCCUUGACUACAGACUCGCUCUCCUCAGUGGACCUCAGAGCUGCUGGUGCUUCUCUAUAGGGUUCUGGAGAACACUGAGACAGAGAACUCAGGACAGAUGACAGUCGGUGUGAUUUUGUUGUUCAUGUAUUAAUGAUGAAUUAAAAAAUUGAGAAUUGAAAA